CUUCGAGAUAUUUCUGCGUCUAACCAACCACUAAACUUCACUCUCGUGCAACGGCCGCAACAUUCUCGCUGGAUGUGGUUUAUAAUUUGAUAACGUUCUCCACUUUGUGAUAUAGGCCCGAUAGGUUGCUAAUUGGACCGCUGUACAAAUCCUGUUUUACAAAUAUUCCCCGUCAAGGUUAUAGGGGUACUCGUCACGCAACACUUCUCAUUUCAUGCAGUUUCAUAACAUACUUGCACUACAUUUACAGUUCAAGAUCAGAUUUAUGACGGAAUCUGGAUGGAAGUUUGAUUUGUCGACAACGCACACCACGACUUCAUCAUAUAGGACAGCACGAAUUCGUUAGAUUUUUGCUGGGUUGUUUCUGUCGACUCGGAAACAUGAGAUCGACACUUUCGUACCUUGCCCUGGUCCUGACCUCGCUCAUCGUGCUGACGGUAUAUCUGCUCAUCCACGAUGAAGCGGCAAAGGGAAGGCCGCUCUACGCAAUGAAAAACCGCCUAGGAUUAGGAAAGCACGGUAAGCCAGUCACAACAGCUAAAAGGAAACCCGUUCGUAUUCUCUGUUGGAUUCUGACAAUGCCCACACACUACGCAACCAAAGCAAUUACCGUGAAUGAAACCUGGGGAAAGAGAUGUAAUCGUCUGCUAUUCGUCUCAACGCCAUCCAAUCAGACGACAGAUCUACCAAUAGUGACCUUCAACCUGAAGGAGUCGAGGUCAAUACUGACCAAUAAAACCAUGCUCGCAUUUGAAUAUGUCUAUAAGAACCAUUUCGACGAGGCUGAUUGGUUCAUUAAAGCGGAUGAUGAUACCUAUGUCAUAAUGGAAAACCUGCGCCAUCUUUUAAAGGACACCGAUCCGGAGAAAAGGAUUCAUUUUGGCCAUCAGUUCAAGGUGAAGAACGAAACUUGGUUCAGCGGUGGAUCGGGGUAUGUUCUAAGCAAAGCCGCGCUGCGGCGCUACGUGACUCUCGGGCGGAAUAACAACACGCUGUGCCCGUGGAAAAACUCGGAGGACUUCUACAUGGGCUACUGCAUGGCUGCUUUGGGCGUUACCAACGGCAACACAGGAGAUAAAAGCAGAAAACCGAGUUUUCUUCCUCUUGAUUUCGGGACACACCUGUCCAACAUAGCUGCAGUCGACUGGUAUAAAAGCUAUUCAACGUCUGCCAUAGAAAAUGGCGACAACUGCUGCCACAAAUACUUGAUUUCUAUCCACUACGUGUCACCAUUAGAGAUGCAUAAAUUGGAUUGGUUGAUUUAUCAUUUAAGACUGCAUCGUCCCUCCUCCCGGCGUCGCGGAGACAGGGAUUUCCUAAAUCUUUGAAACCCCCCAUAUAUCUACGUACGCACUAUGCGUAUACAUAGACACAUAUAAUGUUUUCCGGAGUAGUGCAGCGGGAAGUGCGGCUGAAUAAUAUUUGUGUUGGCAAAACCUUUUUAAAGGUUUUUCAGCACAAAAACCUCAAUUUCAUCAACAACCAUAACACAGACCAAAUAAGUUUAUAUACAUGUACUAUAACAGUAGUUCAUUUCCAUUUCCAUAAGUUUACAAUAAUGUAUAAACACAAACCCGAAGAAAUUUAUAUACUAUAGUUCAUCUCCAGUUCCUUAAGUAUAUACACUGUAUAUAUAUGUACUAUUUUGGCACUUAUUAUGAGCUCUGACUAACUAUCACCCGCCCCACAAACCCCAACUGGACCAAACACAAUUCUUUCCUGAUUUUUGCAUUGAAUUUGUAAUGAUCAAGAGACUGCCUAAAACGGCCGCUGCUUUCAUUUUGGUCCACCCUGGAUACAUCCAUCGUUAAUGUUGCAUGGGCUAAAUGUACCCCGUCUCGGAUGACACCUCCAUCCGUUUCUUCAGUAUGUUCUGGGCUGCUUCUUCCUUUCGUUGUUUCUCCGCAUUUCGUCUCUCGUACAACGGUCUGAAAAGAAAGAAAUAAGAUUUGUUCGAAGGACCGAUGUGGUAAUUCAGUGGCAGUUAUUACCAAACUGUAAGCUGCCAAAAUAAACUUUCUUUUGCCGAUAGGAAGAAAAAUUGAAAAAGCCAAAAACCUUUGAAAUUGUCAUCUCGUUGGAAGGGUGCCAUGUCAUGAAUGUUGCACCCCUUAAUUUCUAUUACACAUUUAUGUAUGUUUCUCCAAUU